UAUUAACAAUUUUUACUUCAAAGAUGAUGAAUUAUUUAAUACCUUAUAAGUAUUGCAGAUGAAAGAGAAAACAUUACUUGCUUUAAUUUAAACAAUGUACUUAUGAGAGCACCCAUUUCUUAUAUAACGAAUAAAUAAAAUUUCUCUUAUUGAGAAAUUCUAACGUCUGAUCUGAUUCUGGAUUACAUGAUGCAGCAAUUUUUUUUUACUGGCGUGCCUAACAUGUUUACUUUGGUUGUGCAUGGCCAGCGGGUGAGAGAGAAAGAGUAGCACACGACAACUUUCUAUAGGCAUCGACAUGAGGGAGGCAAGCCCCACACACUGAACGCAAUAGUCUGCACCCUUUCCCAUCAAGUCGGUCAUCACCUGCAAUAUCCACCAACCAGCUUGGGUUCCAUCAUAUUUGUAGCAUUAAUUCUGAGUGUUUUUAGUGAUGCAUUUUUAACUUUUAGGCUCCCACUGUUUGGAAACUUGGACAUGGUCGAAUUUGUUUAAAAGUUGGAUUGAGAUGAGUUUGACUUCUUCAUUCUUCGUCCCUCCAUUUUCCUUAGUGCUUCUGUGUAUGACAAGUGCAUCAUAGGGUUAAAUAUCCCAGAGAUGGGAAGGGGGAAGGAAAAGAUUGUUAAAGGCAGAGUUGGGAAGGAGAUGUCGGUGCAUCAUAUGAUCUUGAUUCUGACCUCCCAUGGCAAAGAGGGUGCUACAUCCACCUCCUCAAUCACCAAUGGCCUCCCUUGUUUCCAGCAUACGGCCCCUUCGUUCAGUUUCAGUAGCUGUUGUGUCGAGAUUGGUUUUUGUGAUAGAGAGAUCAAAGAGAUGCAUGUAGUUCAUACUUCAUACCUUUGCAGUGAAUGUCUUUCCUUUGGUAGCCACUUUUUCUGAUUGAAAGCACGAGAGCAUUAUGUUUGAUGUUUGUUUUGGCCUGAUUUGGCUCUUGGGCUACAUGAGGUCAAGAUUCUUGAAGCAUGCUUCUAUUGACAUGGUUGAUAGGAUGUGGUAUGGGGCAGGGUAUUGGUUUUAGGUUUCAUCAAAGUGAAUGGCAUGUGUUUUUCUAAUGAUCCACUCUUAGGCAUGCCAUUUCAUAUUGUCUUCUUUAUGUUUGUUGUAUGAUGGGUUGUGAUAACUUAUUAGUAGAUUUCUGAUCACAACAUAACCUUGUGCUGUAGCAGGUUGUCUUUCAAUAGCAUUGUGGCCCAUUUCCUUUCCAUAUUUUGAAAGUGCUGCUUUCCAUGCUGUUUACUUAUUCCUCUAGGACAUGCUAAUUUAGUGCUUCUAUUAGAAAUAUAUGCACAUGAUUAAGCAUUUUAUGGUUAAGUUGGUCAUAAAUAACUGUUUUUUCUUCUAGUGUUAAUGUUAAUUUCUUUUUUUCCAAACUAAUUACUUAUUUACUCUCUAGCCUCUGCUUUCAAAUGAAAUCAUUGUGGGUGUAUCUUGCAAGCAGGACAUGUUCAGCGAUUCAUGUAAAUUUGGAAGUUCAUUUCCUUCUUGUCUGCAUUCUCCAUUAUGUUAUUAUGUAUUUCCCACAUUAACUUACGACAGUCUUGUUCUUACUUGGUUUUUCUCUUCUCCAACUUGGCUGCCUAUUAAGUACAUCAUGUGCAUCCAGCGUUCUAGCCAUAUAUUGGUGCUGUUUGUAAUGUUGAAUUAAUCAGUGGUGAUCACAAUGCCUCUCUGACAUGAUAAUACUGUGAUUUGUUAGUGAGCAAAGAACAAGUUGGCUUUGUUUGAUGUAAGUUUUUUUUCAUUAAUAGCUAUUGCUACAAUUAUUGUUGAUAUCACAUUUAUUCAGCAAUUUGACAUGAUUUUGAGCCGUUCAAGAAUGACCCUGGCUGGAAUUGUAGGUUGGUCUCUUCAAGCAAAAAAUGUAGUCGAUGUUGCCCACACUAGCCAGGGCCAGCGACUGCAUACCAACCGAGGAGGGCAUUCUGCCACCAUUGGACCCAAGGAAUGCCCUCAACCAGUCAUUACAGCACUUGACUCCUAAGGAAAGGCGAGUACGUUUCAAGCACGACCAGUGCUUCACAUGCGUAGCCAAAUCGGGGCAGCUACAUGAGUGUAAGCAGUCGACGACCUGCUAAAAGAAGCCGAACCAGUGGCUCUUUCGGAGCUGCCAAAGGAGAAGGGCAGAGAUGUGAUUGUUACCUCUUCCCUUGCACAACCAGCCCUGUUAAAGGCAAACUCCGGGCAGCCCACACUCUCCAUCUCCGUUUUGUGCCCGACUGUGAGCACAAUGCCAGCCAAGGAAAAUCCAACAACUGCGGUGAAUGUAAAAGGAUAUGUCGGCAUUGCUGGAAAAGUUUGGCUCGUUGAGGGCGGGCGGGUCUGCUCAAGCCAUCUUGAGUCAGCAGGUGGUUCGAAUGGGGGUCAACACAGGAGGGCCCUUCUGCACUGCCUAUAGACAUUGGGAAAAUUGGGUGCAGGGUCGAUAGCUCCAUGCAAGCCUGUUUAUUUUCGUUGGAUGGGGACCAGGCGUUGAACUUGAUACUUGACAGCCCUCGGCUAAAGCGACUCAGCAAAGAUUCCUUCGACUUCCUUGAAAGAAUUAGUAGGAUCCUUGAGGAGGAGGGUGAAAGGGUGACCGUUAACCAACGGCCCCAUCAUGAAUGCCUUGAGUUUUGAGAGAACCACCUCAGACCAAGGUAAGGGGGCAACCGGCGUGAGGCGAACAGAUGGGCCAAGACUGUUGAGGUAGCCAAAGAGGACGACUAGUCCACAACUUAACAAACCACAUCAAUUCGGGUCAAGUAAGGGGAAGAGAAACAGUUUAGAUUUUAACAUAUCCAGCCACCAAAUUCUACUAGAUCCACUGGAGUGCAUCAUGGGCUACAAAGGUGCUCUGUCCUGCCGGGCGUGAGUCCAGUUCCUUUGUCCUGGCAGCUUCAUGCUUUGAGCGUGUCAGAGAGUCCACUACGUCACCACCCUCAAAUUCUGCCCAAGGUUCCGUUCUCUCCAAUGCUGGCUUGAUGGGAAUUUCAGCCUUGGGGAGCUCCCUGUUUGCAGCCGAUCAGCCAAGAAAGGUGCAUAAACAAGGGGUUGUCUAGAUUGCCAAAACUCACCCUGCUGCUCCCUGUCAUGGCUUUCCACCGUGCGCCUCCCCCAUGCAUUCUGGCUGUAGAAGGUGGAAUCUGCGGUGUUGGUGUAGCUUCAUGCUGCCAACCAAUAUUUGACUGGGCCAGACCUUCGUUGCCGAAAGACACCUGAUGGUCAGUCCCUGCACCACAUUGGUCGUGGCAAACGGCUUGGUCCUGGUUGGUCCGGCUCUCCCUGCUCGAGUACCAGCGAGACCAGAAUUCCUCCUUGUCGCCAGUCGUCCAGUGCCGAAGUCCUACUGGUGUCUAUGCUGUGUCCUGCUCCUUUGUGCGCCAGUAGUCGCAGCUGACCUCUGACUUCACGUCCUGGGCCGAGCACUGCCAAUCCUCGGUAGCACAGUGUCUGCCCUCAUGUCGAGCAGAGCUCCUAUGCCCGUCGUUGGAAACACGGGCCGAGUGGCGCUGGCCGACUUCAUCCUGCUGGCCCACUCCUGGUGCAUAUUGGGGCGCGUCUUAUCCCCCUUGCCAUGGUCAUAUGCUGCACUCCAGCCUUCUUUGCCGUAGUCUAUAGAGUUAGUGUGGCUGCGGCCUUCGUUCAACCAGGGUUCUCCUCUGUUGUGGGUUGACCCAGACCUGUGGUUUGCUGGAGGAUAGGCAGAGCCUUUCUCAUGGGGACAGUAACAUAUGUUUCUAUAGUCUAUAGCAUCCUCUGUCGAUUUCAGGUUCCUCCCAGGUCUGAGAGCUUUCUAAUUCAUACUCACGAGCGAACGAAUGAGGGCGACUGUGGCCAUUGUAGGACUUAGCCGCGGGGUGAUCCUGUUUGGUACUCAAUUCCUCGUCAGCACUAUGUCUGCCUUCAAUGAGAGUGACAGACUCAUCUCGCCAACCGCAGAAGUCGUACACCGAAUGGCGCAACUUUUCUUCAGUUUGCUAAAACCGGCCUGUCGCCUGCCCCUCCCCCUUACUCCGGGUAGGGUCUCCAUACGAGCUUGUGGUAGUCGGAAGGUUCUGUCUUGGGUUCACCUUUGUGGUUUGCUGAAGGCAGCUUCUCUCUUCUUGCAGCUGGUACUCCAAAGAGCUCCACUCCUGCGGUUGCUCGUGCUCCCAAGGGUGAUCAUCUUAGCUUGGAUUGACCGCCCUUUUCCAUUGGAUCAGCAGCGCCUUAUUUUCGUCCAGCUCCUUUCUGUACUGCUCAUCAUUUUUUUUUUGCUACGGCCACCGCACCGGUUUACUCUGUUUGCUGCACCAGUCAGUUGGAUCCUUUAGGAAAAUGCAGAGGUUUUCAUAUCGUAUUGACAGAAGAAACCGCCAUGCUAGUUUUCUUCAAUAGUUAUGAGACCAUUCCAUAUGAGAAAUCUCAGGCCAAACCGAGGUCUGUAACCCCAGACAAUACUGAGAUCACUUCCCCGGACUUUAUCUGAACAAAUGGGCGCUGUAGAUGGAUGUAUUCCGAGGUGGCUCUGAUACCACCACUGUUGUGACCCACAUGGCCGAGGUGCUGCCGAGGCUUGCCGAGCAGAUGCUACCACCCUGGAUCACCUUCGGAAGACAGCUACCAGAAUCCUAUUACCAUUUUUACAAGGGAGGUUAAUUCCUUGAUAUAGAGCAAUGCCCGGCCAGAUAAGACCCUAGCCUUACAACGUCACCCGACUGGUUAUAGAUUUCUCCCUCGCCCAACCUCACACGACAAUAAUAGUUCAUUACAAGAUAGGAUGAGAUUUACAACAGGAAAAGGAGCGGAUUGGCUCACGGGGCUCGGAUCGUCCAACGGGGUUGAUCUACCGUUUUAGAUGACUGUGCACACCUCGCGAGCGCCCCUCAGCUUCCUGUUGCGACUGUUACAACCGUAGAACAGAGUCGACUUCUGAGGGCUGGAUCUUCCUCCACAGAACUCGGAUAUGGUCGCGCCUCGGUUUGUUGGAUUCAUGGAGGCGUCAGAUACGACAAGAAACCAAUGAGAGAGUGAAGCUGAGGGUGGGAAGAGCGGCAACGGCCAUGGAAUAGUGACUGUUCCGUGGCUGUCGCAGGUUUUGCAUCAGGGGCCUAUCGAAGGACAGGGACAACUUGGCCACUCUACAGAUUCGUGCUUGCAGCUCCAAUUAGCUUGUUCUAUGGCUCGCUAGCAUCGCACGCAUGUUAGUGAAAUGAAGAGCCCACUCUUGUGAUUACCCAAUGUCGGGAUCCAAAGAUAUGGCCCGUUGAGCAGGGCUAUAUUCUGUUGUUGCGGGAACAACAGUCUUAGAAACAUGCGGCCAGAAAACCUGUUGUUCCUACCAACUCCGGCUACUUCUCCAGUCGAGCUCUGGUGCGAUGGAAGCGCAACUCCCAGAAGAUGCUACACGUCUGAUUUUACGAUGAGAGGACGUUGGUGGAGCCAACGCUGAAUUUUUGAAAUUAACAGUCGGAAGUCUUGUCGCCCUGCCUAUCUCGAGGAUAGAUUUUGGAUCUCUGGUCGGAUUUCCUCAUACUAUGGUUUGUUUGAACCGUGAGGAAGUAAGGAAGAUGAUGAGCCCACUCUUUUGGAUUUUCGGCAGCGGAAUCCGAAGUUAUGGCCCUUUGAACAGAGAUACGUUUUGCCGCAACAGGGUCUGCAGUCUUAAAAACAAGGGACCGGAAAAGCUUCGAUUUCAUCCGGCUCUGACAGUAGCUCCGGUCGAGCACUGGUGCGUUGGAAGCGUGACUCACAGGCGAUGCUGCAUGUCCUAUUUCUCGACAAAAGGGGGUUUGUGGAAUCAACACUGAUUUUUCAAAGUUGGAAGUAGUAAUUGUCGGGCUGUUCCAUGCGCGGACUGAGCUUCAGCAAAGGCUGCCAAUAGGCAAGGAGAAAUCAUCGGAUUCUAGCCAACUCUGAUGCUGGAUCCCGUCGAGCACCGGUGCAUUGGAAAGUGGACUCCAAGACGAUGCUUCUUUGGCAAUCUCGAGGUGAGCGAAUGAUCGAGGAGAUGACUCUGAAUUUUUGAAUGUGUGAGACGGUGGUCAGUCGGCCUGCUCCUUACGCUGAAGAAGAAAUCACAGCAAGGGGAGGCGGCCGAGAAUCUAGAGAUUCCGGUCAGCUCUGGUUGAGCUUGGGCUCGUUGGAACCGUAGCACGCUGAGGAUUAAGCCUUAGCACUAGGAGAACGAAAGAGCCCCAGAUCUGUCACCGACGAGCCGCUAAACAAUGCUUCCUGCUGUUAAAGAGACCUGUCACCGUGAGGGGUCAACAAGGUGGAGUCCUCGUUGCAUCGGGCGGUGAUUAACAUCACUGGUAGGCUCUGAGAUCCACAAAAAAACCUACCAGGAGGGGCGUGAGGUGGUUGGAGUUACUGCUAUCACCGGAGAUGGGAAGAAUCACAAAAAAUGCAGCUUCUUUCUUUCGUUGUUAUGUGGUUUAUUGUCUGCCAGAACAGCUGGUCGAGGCUUAUGGUCGAGGUGGGGUUUAUCACCACCGGCAAACUCGUCGUGCCAUCGCUAAGCUUACCCGAAGGGAUGAGUGGGUGUUCGGAGCUGCUGGGGUCACCGGGAACAUCCAUGUUGCUAGAAAUCAUGGAAACUAUUUUUGUCGGAUUACACGAACGAUGCACCACAACGAACGAGAAACACAUCGGAAUUUUGGAGCAUUUGAGGGAAGAAGAAAAACUAACACUUCAUUGAGCUAAAGAUCGAGAUCGUCAGCGAUUUGGGUGCCGGCGAUACCUUCUGUUGUUACAGAAAUCCGAAAGGAUACAAGAUGAUCAAAAGCUGCCUGAAAACUCAGCGAGAAGAGGGUUUUGCAGAGGAGAGGGCUGCCUGCCUUCUGCAGACCGAAAAAUGUUGUCGUCCGACCGAAUGAUGUCGCCUGGCUGCCGAUUGUCCAUUGUCUCACGUCGGGAACCCACACCGCCGCACACCGGAACCGUGCUGUCGCUUGGAGCAGGUCGCCGGAGGUUGGAAGCUGUCAUAUGCCAUCUUCCUCCUCGUGCUAGAAGCUGAAUGGUCGAACCGGUUUGGUCGACCGUUUAAUCACCUCACCCGACGUCUCAUCCCGAGUUCCAUACAAAAAUCGGGUGAUACAGAUUAUAAGUCGGGUCCAGGACUAAGCCCGACCCAUUACAUCGAUCCAACUCAAAAAGAAAGUGCGGGCCCAGGCUUUGGAUUUAUGGACUACCCAAACCCAGCCCGAGGUAUAUGUUCCAGACCCAUGUCUAUGAGGCUUGUGUCGCCCAGUGACCCGCCAUACACAAGGACCCCGCGAUACACAAGGACGUGUCCCGCUUGGAGAUGUGUUGGCUGUGUCAUGCAACUGUGUCCUGCAUCACAAGAGGAAAGUGUCUCGCCUAGAACUCGUGUUGAACGAGCUUCACUCAACCGAACAAGGCUGAGUUCACCUUGGUUGCACCUGGCCGAGUGCUAGGUCGACUUUGACUAUCGUUGGCCAAAGUUGCAGGUUGCUCAAGACCUGUAGCUCGCCUGUAGCUGGAUUCUUGCAUCAAACCGAUCCCUGGCCUGAUGCCGGCCCAUUGUUAACCUCCCUAUCAACCGAGAGGCCCUUUGGAAAAUGAAACAAGAGGCUGCCCUUGCCUGGCCCGGCAGUGAUGGCCUCGCAGCCAUGCCUCCCUUUGCCCGCACUGUCGUUGCUGCCGCUCCAUCAUGGCCGGACGAGGGUAGGAUCGAAUCAGAUCCACCCCUCUUAAAAUGGAGCCUGCCCUCAGGCUCCUUGGAGUAUCGCCUGCCACCAUGACGGCGAGCACUCCCUUAAGUGGUGCUUCCUUCCAUCGGGGUCCCAAAGAUGAUGUCCCUGCUUCUCCCCCCAGCCGUAAUGAUGCUGCCUCACCCUAUGCUGCGGAGGAUGUAAGCUCUUUGGUUCAGUUUGCACCAGCCCUGUUUGAACCAAGCGAACAUUGUCCUUACCGAGGAAGUUCUCCCUUGACAACUCUUUGGUUCGGUUUGCACCAUGCAUGCUUCUACCUUGAGCUUCUUCUAACUCGUGCCCCAUGCUGGUCAUCUGAAACCUGCCCCUGCCGGUGGUGUCCUCGCAUAACAGAUUGCAAGUAGAGGGGGGUAGUACUUGGGUAUGUCUUCUUGCUGAACCUGUUCCAGCUCGUGCGGUAUGCUGUUCACCCUCAUUCAGCUGCCUUGGACGAGGUUAAGCCAUCUAGUAUCAUAUCUAAGGGUGGUCCAGCCUUCUUCUUUUGACUGGUGGCCUGAGAUUCUGGAAGGGUACCUUGCUGUUUGGUUGGAGGGCAGGGGAUUUUGUUCAGCCGGUCAGGCUCAGCCAAAGGUGUCCUCCAACCGCAACAGCUGCCCUUGAUGGUCCCGAAGUUAGGCCACAGUUCUGCCUUCUGUUUCACACCCACCUGGUCUGGACCAACCGAUUUUUUCCUGUCGGAAGCAAUCCUCUUGCCGCAAGAGUCAGUUUGCAGCAUACUUGAGGCUUUGAUUCCUUGGCUGUGAUAUUCUGAGGUGAAGAUAGUGGCUGUCCCUCCGUUGGCUUUAGGAAAUUGGACGGACCCUUCAAGUAGGUCGAGAGAGACAUUGUUGAGUGACUCGAACCAUGGACGGCCAAGCACCACAUUUGGUCUGCACCCUAAUUUCCAGAUUCUUGAAUGCUGCACAAAAGGGUCUUUGGGUGCUGUCCCCUACGUCCGUAGAACAAGAGGGGCAGUAGUUGCUUUUACCACCGACCAUGUGAGCCACUUGAUGGCUGAUGAGGCUGUGAGCAGCCUCGCCAUCGAUAAGCACCACCACUCCUAUUGUGCCUAUGUACCCUUGUGCAUGGAGUGCUUCGGUAGAGGGCGUUCUUGACGAGAUGAACUCGGCUGCAUCGGUAGGACAUGACCUCGUCGAGGAGCACAAGGAUGCCUUCAACUCUGCUGGUUGACUGAGAGGAAGGGUAACAGACUCACCUCUGUCCUCUUCUUUGUGUCCAGUUGGCAGCUUGCAGGCCAUCGCCUUUGUCUUCCUGCUCAAGGAUAGAGAACUGAUUACGCCUGAGGUUCAGCCACCAUUUGUUGUGACUGGGAAAGGUCCAGCCACCCCUCCUAGGCUGCUGCAACACAUUUAUGGAAGAAUUCCUAGGCUGCUGCAACACAUUUAUGGAAGAAUGCACGCUAAGUGGUAUGUGUGUUGGAGGUUGGUGAUGCCGCGUUUGAUGUCCUCCAACGAACCUCGUUGACUGUGAUGGUUGCGGGUGCCCGGACAUAAGCUGUCCUCCUUGGUUGAGGAUUUUCUUCCUCUCGGCCUGAGAUGACCUUGCUCAUUUAGCUGUGGGCUGGUCACUUCCCUUAGCCUGGACGCCGGUUCCUUUCCUUUGGUUUUUCUUCUGUCGGAGGCUACUACUCCUUGGUCGGAAUCAACCAUAACUAAGCUCUCGACGUUCUCAGCUUGGCUGCAGGGCUGUAAGGCAUAGAUGACCAUGUCUUCAUCUUCCUCCUUAAGGAUUUUCUUAGUUCUGUCAAGGUGGGCGUAAUCCCUAUCGAGCAGUCCCAGCCAAUGCUGUAAAAGGUGUAGCGUAUCGCGUAUCGGUCGAGCCGACCUAUAUGUCGUAUCAUAAUGUAUCGUAAAUGUAGCAUAGUGUAUCGUAAAUUUAAUUUUCUAAUUUUUAAAAAAUAUUAAAAAAAUCAGAAAAAUAGAAAAAGAACAUAAAAAAUCAGAAAAAAUAAGCAAAAAAUUAGUUGUUCCCAAACUAACACCAACAUCUUCUUCUUCGAGCUCAACAUCUUCAUCUUCCCUUCCUUCCUCUUCAUAUGGGUCCCAUAUCUAACAUCUGCAUCUUGCAUUUUCUUUUCAAUCCUAUUUGCUUUCACGACGUUAAUAAGCUCCAAACAUUGGUGUUUGACGUAGGGUGGCAAUGGGUUCUCUUGAAAGCCACUGCAUUGAGCCACAUCGCUGUGCGUACCACCUAUAUCAUGUUUAAAGCGAGAGAUCCCUCCUCCUGAUAUGAUUUGUUUACAAAAAUUGCACCUAACUUUUAACCUAUCUUUGGGAUUCACCCUUGUACACCAAUGCCAUGCAUGAACUGACAUUAUAUCUUCACAAAAUAAGUAAAAACAUACAAACAAAUUUAGAAAAUAAGAGAAAUGAAUGCUUCAAUAGCGAAAAUGAGUUAUUUCUUACCUUCUUGGUGUUAGACACCAAAAAACCCUCUUUUCUCCAAGCCUCCCACCGUUCCCAACUUCCCACUACAAGGAAGAAAGCUUCUUUACCGGCAAAGCUUGAUGCGAAUUGGGAAAAUCUCUCCCUCCCAUGUCUCGCAGUGUUUAUAAACAAGAAAAGAGAGAGAGAAGAGCGUAGGUUUUUAAAAGAUCAUGCAAAAAAGUGGCCAUUGGGCCCCUUUAUAGUUUUUUCCCCGUAUCGCAAGCGUAACGUAUAGGUUUCUUUGACCUAUACGAUAUGUGUAUCGUACGAUACAGGUAACAUUGGUCCCAGCCAUGGGCUGUCGAACUUUGGACGAGUUAAGCCCCCAAUAAAGAUGACGAGACUUGUAUGGAGCAGUUGGCCUAAUACGCAGUCUUCCCCAUCCUUGUAGGCAGCACCGAAGGGUCCUCCUAUGCUAUCCCUUUGCUGAGCAGCAUGUGGCUUGCAGACGUCUUGGGCAGCCUUAGCAUCAACGAGUAUUACUACUCCUUGAUGCCGAGAUAUCUCCUCUUACUCAGUUCUUUAGCGUUGGGUGUUAAUGCCACAAUGAAGAGCACAUUUUUGGCUGCUUUCUUUUCUGCCGUUAUAUAGAUAGCAGUCUGAUUGGAGUUCCUUCUGUCAUGCUCUUGCUCCUUCAGCAGCAUCGGAAUGGCGACUGGUCUGUCGUCUCCCUUGAGGCCAUUGAUCUGCCCACACUCAUGCCCAAGCUCCCAUCUUGUUACGCGUAAAAAGCAUAGGCCUUGCUGGAAACCUUUCUGUCUUUCUUUGCGAGUAAGGCACCAAGUGGAAGGUACCGGAAUGGGCAGUCAGCAGUUGGUUUGCUGGCUGCUCUUGCUGAUCUACAGGGUGCUAUCCUCACUAGACUGCAGAGGGUCAACAACCUUGGCUGGUAGGUUCGACACAGGUUGCUGCGGAUCGAGUUGAGUGACAGUGUUCUCAAGCUUGUGCAUUAGGCAGUCAAUGUUAUAAAUGCACUUUUUUGACCGCAUGUAUGGGAGUUACUUUUAGGAACUUAUGUGCUUUAUUUACUGUUUCAGGAGACAGGCAACACCUGAAGUAUAUAUCGAUGCAUCCAGGAAGUCAUCCAGUAUAGACUUAUUUAAACAAUAUCACAGAUUUUGUGAGAUUUUUGAAAACUGACGAUAUUUACAAGAAAAAACAAUUAAAAUUUAAAAACGAGAAAAUCUUUCAAAAAUGAAAAUUUGCAAUCUUUUUUGUGAUUUUUUGCUGAUUUCGUCACUUCAUUGGUGAUUGUUAGCUUCAUUUUCAUUACUUUUCUCUAUUUUUAGAAUUUUUUAAUUUUAAAUUUGUCGAGAUUUUUCCCGAGAAAAAUUUCACCAAAAGAUACCUGAGAAAAACUUCACCGAUAUUUCCUGAGAACGAUAUUUGUGACAAUGAUUUAAACAAAAAACUGAUCUUUAAAAGAUAUUGUGGUUUUAUUGACACCAGAGAAUGAAACGAUCAUGCAUAUGGGUUUCAAUACUUUUUUAAAACGAAAGGACACAAAGAUCUUGAAUCAGAUCCUGAAGGAAAGUGGCAAUUUCUGAUCAAAGUCUGAUAAGAAAUCAGCCAGUAAUUUUUGAGACAAUGUGGAGCACAGAACAGAAAGAAAUAAGUGAAAAGAGAAAAAUGUAAAUUGAAAAAAAUUGUAUGAGGCUGAAGAAGUGAAGAUGGCCCAAAUGAAAAUAGAGGGAUUUGAUCUGACACAGAAAUUAGCGCAGAACAGAAGGUGCAUAGAAAUAACAGAUCAUGCUGAAAGGAAAUAAGAAUUGAAGACGAAGAGAUCAGAAAAAAAAAAUCAGAAACAGAAAGUAGAUCUCUUGGGACACCUUUUGGAAAAGCAACUGGUCCUAUGAUCAGAUUGGCUUCAAUACCAUGUAAGAGAUCUCAAAAAUAUGUUCGCUGCAAAGAAAAGAAUAAGGGAGAAAGAAAGGGCCAGGAAUAUAAUACAUCCUCAGUGAGAGGGGUGGUGGUUUGUUUCAUUACCUAUAAAAAAGGAAAAUGGCUUAAUGGGUAUCUACAUAGUGUCUACACAUGCAAUAUAUCAAUUGGAAAUUCAUAAUCAGAUCCAAAAAAAUAAAACAAAUAUCUCUUAACAAUAUAUUCCUUGUUGCAUCUUUUCUCAAGUUCUUUUAACCUGCAAGUGCACCCUACACCCAUCUGACAUAGCUUUGGCCUCUUAUUCAUACUUUCUAGUUGCAUUACUUUCCAAAAAAAUGUUCUCUCUUUCUUUAACAACUUUUCUUGUCUAUGCCCGUUGAUGAUUUUGCUUGUAUUUUAGUUAGUUUAUGUCUCUUUUGUGUUUAUAAUUUGUUUUGAAUCAGAUUUCUUUUUUUUGGUUCUAAAUUAGCCGAUUCGUGUUCAAAAGAGGCUGUCACAAAAACGUUAAGGCAGCUUCAUGCCGAGGAGGACAAUGAAGAACGGUUUCAAGCUGACCUUCAAAAAGCUGUACAAGAGAGCCUUGGCUAGUUUUUAUUUGAUGUUAGAUUUGCUGCAGAUAUUAUCUUGCAUAACUGUUGUCUUUGUGUAAACAGGUAGGUACUCAUGCUUGCCUUUUGUGCUUCUUAUAUUCUUGUUAGAGACCUAUCAAGCCAAACAUGGGCUGCAACUAAUUAGGAGGUUACCUAAAGGAGCUUCAACAGAAACAAUUAAUAACAAGGUUAAUCAUGAGUGAAUUAUGGACAAUGUCUUGCACAAGUAGACACAUUGGGUGCUAGUUUGCAAAAUGAAGUUGGCGAAUACAACUGCUUUCUGAAUGUCAUUAUACAGUCCUUAUGGCACAUGAGGCGGUUCCGGGAUGAGUUCUUUAUGAUUUCAAAGUCGGUUCAUAUGCAUGUUGGAGAGCCUUGUGUCAUCUGUGCCUUGUAUGAUAUCUUCAAUGCCAUGAGCACGGCAGCAACUGACAUGCAAAGAGAGACUAUUUCUCCAGCCUGCUUGGGAAUUGCUUUAAGCAAUUUGUAUCCGGAGAGCAACUUUUUUCAGGAGGUACAAAUGAAUGAUGCUUUUGAAGUACUGGGAGUAAUCUUUGAUUUCCUGCACAAAUCUUGUACAGAUAUUUCAGACACAGAAUCAGAAGAAAGCAGCAGUGUGGGCUCCUGGGAUUGUACAAACAAUUCUUGUAUUGCACAUUCGCUUUUUGGCAUGGAUGUCUAUGAACAAAUGCACUGCUGCAGUUGUGGACUGGAGAGACGUCACUUAAAGUACACUUCAUUCUUUCACAAUAUCAAUGCCAAUGCACUGCGAACAAUGAAGAUAACUUGUACAGAUGGUUCUUUUGAUGAACUUUUGAAGCUUGUGGACAUGAAUCAUCAGUUAGCGUGUGACCCUGAGGCAGGUGGUUGUGGGAAGCUGAACUACAUUCAUCAUAUUCUUUCAACACCUCCACAUAUAUUUACAGUUGUUCUUGGUUGGCAGACUACUUCUGAAAACGUUGAUGAUAUAUCAGCCACGUUGGCUGCAAUCACUACCGAGUUGGCAUUGGUGUCAUAUACCAAGAUUUGGACAAUCGAAGCAGACACUGUUUGGUUUCAGUGGUAUGCUAUUAUGGACAACAUUAUCACUGUUUUGCAUAUAGUCAUGAGCACAAUAGAUGGAUUAUGUAUGACGUACCACCGUGAAGGUAAUUGGCGGCUGGGAUGAUGUUCUUGCUAUGUGUCGAAAAGGUCAUCUGCAACCACAGGUUCUAUUUUAUGAAGUUGUAAACUAAAGGGAGAGGUCCCAUUCAACUUCUAUUUGCUGCCAAUCUGCUCCAAGUUGCUGAUGCAGCAACCAAAUGCAUAGCAAUUCUCAUAUUAGCAUUUGUUCCAUUGUCAUUCACUUGGAAACUGGAGACCUGCACUACCUACAGGUGGAAGGGGAUGGAGGUUUCCUUAACGAAAUUUAUUGAUGGAUAUCUCAUUGCAUUCCAUGAUUGAAGAUCCACUUUUUCUUUGGUUGGAUAACAUGUUCACAUGUGAAUGAAAUGAAGAUUCCGAUGUGCCCCACAUCAUCUCAUACAGGAAAUAUUAUGAUAGUAAAUAAUAUUGAUUGAAGCUGCUUCAUUUUCCACUGGGGCACAAAAAGAAUUUGCGAUCAAUAAGUAUGUACAGUAUAGCUACAAGUUCUAGAUAGUAUUUUGUUGUGAAUCGUAAGAAAAUUUGGCUUUUAGUAGCCAAUGAAAUUUUGGUGUAUUCAUGUUGGGCUUUGGAGCAGGGAAGGUGGAAGAGUUUUGCUGUUCAGGCCGAGCAUGUCGUGACCUCUUGAAAUUUGUUUCUAUUCCUUGUAAAGAUGCCAGUUACAAGUGUAAUCGUUGAGAUCUCUUUUCUUCA